AUGAAGCAGUCACCAUUAAUAACGACCAUGCUCUUGUCUCUCCUCAGAGUCUCCUACGCACAGACAAGCACCUGGGGCGAACCUUUCACUGUCGAAGCCUCAGCCCUAGACCCUGCUUCGACGGAUGCCGUCAUCCCUAGUAUUGCCUCGCCAUCAGCAGCACCAAUAUCAACAUGGGGCGAUCCAUUCACAGUCAGCAACAGCCCGAUUGCUACUUCGCUCCCAACAUCCGACAGCAUACCAACAAGUAUAGCUGUUGACACGCCGACGUUUGUAACAAGCACCACGGCUGUGAGCAGCGCGGUUGUAAGCACUACGGUUGUCAGCAGCAUGGUUGUCAGUACUACACUAGUCGUAUCAUCAGAGUCUAGCACAGCGAGUGUUCAGAGUACAUCCAGCACUACGGACGCUUCUUCGAGCAGUACAAGGCCGACAAGUUCGUCGGAAACUUCCCAGGCUACUGGUGCUGCUGCACAUCAGACGGGGUACGGAAAGUGGGCUUUAACCGGAGCAGUAGUGGGCGCAGUAGGAGCCAUGUUAGUUUGA